UGAAGGCGGAAAUGGGGAGUCCGGGGCUUCUGCAACCUAAACAAGCCGUGUAAAAAGGUGGCAGUCGCCGAGCAGCGCGCAUGCGCGAGCAGCUCUCCCUGGGAAAGAGAGUCAGACCGGGCGGCUGGGCUCGGAGCGGAGCAGGGUCAGGAUGGACGAGGACGUGCUGACCACCCUGAAGAUCCUCAUCAUUGGCGAGAGUGGCGUGGGCAAGUCCAGCCUGCUCUUGAGGUUCACAGAUGAUACUUUUGACCCAGAACUCGCAGCAACAAUAGGUGUUGACUUUAAGGUGAAAACAAUUUCAGUGGAUGGAAAUAAGGCUAAACUUGCAAUAUGGGAUACUGCUGGCCAAGAGAGGUUCAGAACAUUAACUCCUAGCUAUUAUAGAGGUGCACAGGGUGUUAUAUUAGUUUAUGAUGUCACAAGAAGAGACACCUUCGUUAAACUGGAUAAUUGGUUAAAUGAAUUGGAAACAUACUGCACGAGAAAUGACAUAGUAAACAUGCUAGUUGGAAAUAAAAUUGAUAAGGAAAACCGUGAAGUGGAUAGAAAUGAAGGCCUGAAAUUUGCACGAAAGCAUUCCAUGUUAUUUAUAGAGGCAAGUGCAAAAACCUGUGACGGUGUACAAUGCGCCUUUGAGGAACUUGUUGAAAAGAUCAUUCAGACACCCGGACUGUGGGAAAGUGAGAACCAGAAUAAAGGAGUGAAACUGUCAUACAAGGAGGAAGGCCAUGGAGGAGCCUGUGGAGGUUAUUGUUCUCUGUUAUAAACUCUGGGAAACGCCACCUCUUGCAUAUUUGAUCAGAUAGUGACAUCUUUCUGUAUAUGAACUCUUUACUGCUAUUUUAGGGACCUUGCGGUUUGCACAUACUUGUUUCGUAUCAUGGCAGUAAAUAUUUGCAAGAAAUUCCACUCACCGGCUUUCCCAGGUAAAAUGUUCUGGUAUGCAUGCACAGUUUGCAAUCUGCAGUUUUUUAUGUAACAUAAAAUAGGUGUACCUUUAUGAGUACAUUUGAUUUUAUGAUUUACAUGUAUCAUGUGAUUUAAAAAAAAAUCCACCUAUCUAGUAUAUGCCAAUAACAAACUCUACUUUUGGUCUCCUUUUUUGCUUAAAUACUCCUAUCAAUUACUGAAUCAAUUUGUAUGUAGAACUCCUAGAACCACUGGGAGAUAUACAGGUAUCAUCAAACCUGGCAGAUUUCUUCAAGAAUAACAAAGCAUGAUUCCACAGCUUUCCUAGGAUGUUCGCUGACAGAUUCUCUUUUACUACUAAGCAAAAUUCUCUUUACAGGAUGUAGUCCAGGCCAAUUUAUAAUUAAAUCUAUUUGUUCUGAUGAUGCUUCUAAAAUAGCAUUGAUAUGUUAAAGAAGUUUGGUCUUUUUAAUUUACUUCAAUGAGUAGCUGAGUUGCUUAACUAGAGUUUUAAUUCUGUGAUAUGUACAUUGGAUUCAUGAUCCUUUGUUCAGUGUUUUUAGUUAUGUUCAACAGAAUGGCAAUAAGGUUUCCUGUUUUGGUUACGGAAGGACACUAAUAGUGUAUUUAUGUGGCUCAUGUUAGUACUUACCACUUUUAAAAACAACACCUUGUUUCAUAAAUGUUGGUGGUGUUUGUCCAGGUACCUCAAUUAGCUUACGUAUCGUUUAUGAAUAUCUAUCUUAUGACUUCCGUAAAUGGCUUAUAUGAUACUCAAAAACCUAUGUCUGUGUUUUGAGGGUUGGGAAAAAAAGAACACUAAAUGACAAUUUGAGAAAGGCAUAUUGCUUCCAGAUUUUGAUGUGUUUGGGAAAAUGCUGUUGCAAUGAAAACUUGGUAAUUUACUGUAACAGUAGUCAAUAAUUUAUCAAAACCACCUUGUACAGACUAAUAAAUCUUUUCCACAGUAUUCAGUUUUCUAACCUCUUGUUGUUGUAUAUUGAAUAUUUUUUCACUCAUAUGUUAUUUAAUUUACAUUGAUCUCUGCUAUUUAAGCCCCCAAAUAAGUAAUCUGUCUUCUAGGCAGGUCUCUAUAAUACCCUCAGUAAGAUUCCGAUAUAAUUUCUUGGCAGUUUGUUUUCUAUAUACACUUACAGAUGAUAAACAUUUUUAUGGGUCACCUAUGCAAUACACGUGAUAAUGGAUUUACUUCAAGUUGGGUUCUUUGUGAAAUGUCCAUCUUCGCAUGAGAAAACCUUACAUUCUACUUGGCUCACACUUUAGUUAGACAUGUGAUUGAAAGUUUUAUUCAGUAUGUAUGUUUUUACCAAGUAUAAAACAUUUACUACUUUAAUGUUGAGGAAAGGUAGCCAACACGUCUACUUCCAAUUUGUGUUACGUUAAAACUAUAAGUUUGUAUGUUUAUGUAGUGUCUUUAUUGCAAGAAAUUUCUGUUUAUUGCUUUUUGCUCCUUAGGCUAUAUAAUAACCUUUCUGUGUCUUGAUUUGGUCUGAAUUUGGAUACAUAUGAGUCACUUAAUUCAGCGAUAAAAGCUAAUUUUGUUUGACUUAUAUUGUAACCUUUUAUAGAGUUUUUGAAUAAAUAUAGCCUGCUUUCCUGAAA